AUGCGUAUGCAGAUGUGUGAGCUGGAUAUUGGGAAAGGCAAGACAGAAAUGCAAAUUGUGAAUUUAUGCGUAAUUAGAGAGGUGAUGAAAUGGUUAUCGGUGAAGUAUCCGUGGAGUAUACCACGUGUUGCUCUUUGUGUAAUCAUGCAUGCUAUAUAUGUUAAUGGAAAAUUGAAAGGUCGGAUUUGCGCAUACGGUGACAUUGAUCGCGACCUAUAUACUGAUAUUAUUGUACAGGAUCAUGAUCGAUUGAAAACUUAUUUUCAGAAUGAAAAUGGCGAAUUUUUGGAAGCAGGACAAAAUAUUAACCUUGGGUCAUCACAGACUGUUUCAUGUGCAGUUGGAGAUUUCAAUGGUGAUUCAGUGCCUGACAUAUUGGUUUCGAGAAAAAUCCCUAGUGGCGAGAAAGGUUAUGAAUCGACCGUGUACAUAUUUUCAUAUAAUGCCUAUAAACCUGUUCUUCUGAAUGCAACAUUACUGGAUGAGCUAGCUGUGAUGGAUGUUAACGGUGAUGGUAUUAGUGACGUUGUGGGAUUUCUCAGUAGCAAUGCCUUAUUUUGUCAGCUGGGCUCAGCGAUAGGGAGUUUUUCACCCUGUGAACAUUUUUUCAAUACAUCUGGUAAUAUAUCGAAUAUUGUCCCAUACGAACGCUUUUUGCAUUCCUUUGUCGAUAUAAAUGGUGAUUUAAGUGCUGAAAUAAUAUUUGGUACCAAAAUGGGCAAUCGUUUAAAGAUGCAAGCAUGGAGAAGAAUAUCAAAUGAACUGUGGGAGUUAGAUGAAGCGCUUAUUGCUGAUUUACCAGCCGAUUCAUGCCCUACCAGUUACUUUGGUGCUGUAUUAUUUGCCGAUUUUGAUGCCGAUGGAAUUGUUGAUAUAGGUUUGCCAUGUUGUGCUGAUGCAACAUGUCGAAAAGUAGUAGUAAUCAAUAUGUGGAAUCAUUAUAUCGGAGCAUGGCAAGAUUUCCAUAUUACUGGUCUUGAGGGUUCUGAUCUAGUAUCCAAAAAAGAUGAAGGGAAUGUUGUUUUUCGUGUCGGAGAUUUUUCGCUGGAUGGGUAUCCUGAUUUAAUAGCACUUGUUCGAGAAAAAACGCAAAACCCAAUGAUUCUGGAAAAUGUGCCAUGCACUGAUUGUAUUUCGAAUGCUUCUAGAAGAUUUGAAUUACGGACGAGUCCCAGGCUUAUUCAGCCUGCUGAUGUUUCCUUGGGUCAAAUUCAGUUGGCGUCAUUUUUUGAUUUGAAAGAGGAUGGUACUCUCGAUGUAUUGCUUGAAUACAAGGAUGUUGAUCAGAGUAUGGCUAUUGACUUCAUAAAAUGUGAAGAUAAAGGUGAUACAACAUUCCUGAAAGUGCAAGUAUUUUCAAGUUCAUGCGAUCAGUUUUGUGGUUCGAAAACAAAAAUUGGUACUUCAUCUUUUCAAUAUUUACUUUUCCAUUAA